AUGGAGGAGGUGAUGGAGGAGGUGACGGAGGAGGUGACGGAGGAGGUGACGGAGGAGGUGAUGGAGGAGGUGCUGGAGGAGGUGACGGAGGAAGUGAUGGAGGAGGUGCUGGAGGAGGUGAUGGAGGAGGUGAUGGAGGAGGUGACGGAGGAGGUGACGGAGGAGGUGAUGGAGGAGGUGAUGGAGGAGGUGAUGGAGGAAGUGAUGGAGGAGGUGAUGGAGGAGGUGAUGGAGGAGGUGACGGAGGAGGUGAUGGAGGAGGUGCUGGAGGAGGUGAUGGAGGAGGUGACGGAGGAAGUGAUGGAGGAGGUGCUGGAGGAGGUGAUGGAGGAGGUGACGGAGGAGGAGGUGACGGAGGAGGUGCUGGAGGAGGUGACGGAGGAGGUGACGGAGGAGGUGACGGAGGAGGUGACGGAGGAGGUGACGGAGGAGGUGAUGGAGGAGGUGAUGGAGGAGGUGACGGAGGAGGUGAUGGAGGAGGUGAUGGAGGAGGUGAUGGAGGAGGUGAUGGAGGAAGUGAUGGAGGAGGUGAUGAGGAGGUGA